CGGGGGCGCCGUGCGCCAUGUCAUGGAGGCUCAGUGUGCGAGCGGCCAUUGAAGGGCUCGGAACUGCGCGCGGAGCGGGCCGGCGGCGGCGGCUGCCCGCGGCCUUCCCCUGCCCACACGCGGCUCCCUCUUAGGCGGCGGCCGCAGCAGCGCCAGGCCACCCUCCCACACCGCCGCGGGGCCGCUAGGAGGAGGACGAGGAGGAGGAGGGCGAUGGAGAUGAAGAAGCGCAUCAACCUGGAGUUGAGGAACCAGGCGCCGGAGGAGGUGACAGAGUUGGUGCUCGAUAACUGCCGGUCCAGCAACGGGGAAAUCGAAGGCCUGAAUGACUCGUUCAAAGAACUUGAGUUUCUUAGCAUGGCCAACGUCCAGCUGACGUCGCUGGCCAAGCUUCCCACGUUGAGCAAGCUCCGAAAGCUGGAGCUGAGCGACAACAUCAUUUCAGGAGGCCUGGAGGUCCUCGCAGAAAGGUGUCCGAAUCUCACAUAUCUAAAUCUAAGCGGCAACAAAAUCAAAGAUCUCGGCACUGUGGAAGCUCUUCAAAAUCUUAAAAACUUGAAGAGCCUUGACCUGUUCAGCUGUGAGAUUACAAACCUUGAGGAUUACAGAGACAGCAUUUUUGAUCUGCUUCAGCAAAUCACGUACCUAGACGGAUUUGAUCAGGAAGAUAAUGAGGCGCCGGACUCCGAAGAUGAGGAUGAUGAGGAAGGAGAUGAGGAUGACAAUGAUGAAGAUGAGGAUGAAGCUGGUCCUCCAGGAGAGUACGAAGAGGAAGACGAUGAAGAUGAUGGAGGUUCAGAUUUGGGGGAAGGUGAAGAGGAGGAGGAGGAAGUUGGUCUUUCCUACCUGAUGAAGGAGGAGAUUCAGGACGAAGACGAUGAUGACGACUAUGUUGAAGAAGGAGGUGAUGAGGAGGAAGAAGCAGAGGGUAUUCGAGGGGAGAAGAGGAAACGAGACCCUGAAGAUGAAGGCGAGGAAGAGGAUGAUUAAUUUGUUAUAGACACAAGUAGGACCAGACUCUUAAGUUACAGAAUACGCAAUAGUGAUUAUGCAGAUCUGUAUGUCUCCAUGUACCAUAGAUGUCCCUACAGAAGAUAUGUUAACUUUUUAUAGGAGAAGUGUGGUUUUACUAUUCUUGCCCUUUUUAUCAUUCCAAAUAAGAUACAAUAAAUAGCCUGGUAGUGAACCUAUACGUAGAAAACAAUUUUCAGCCCUAUAGUCACUGAAGCCAUUGUCAGGUUUUCCCCCUAGAGUUUUGUUUGGAGCUCUUUAAUUUUAUACGAGCUUGCUGUGUUGGUUAUCAUUUCCCCAGAGUUAAAACCCCCAUCUUACAUGGAUUUAAUAUCAUGGAUUUCCUUCAAGAUUUUAAAGUUUUUAUACUUAAAAAGCCGAACUCAGAAAUGCUGAAUGGCAAGUUCAGGUCUGUUUCUAAUGAGGAAUUGACUAGAGUCUGAGUUCACCAGGGAUUCUAUUGGAAACCAACAACUAGAUUACAAUUCAUUUCAGCUUUUUAAAAGGUGACUCCUGUAACUUUUAAAGUCUUCUCCCCUGUUUUGCGUGUUAGCAUUGCAAAGCCGAAGUGGGUUUCAGAAGAUCUUUUUUUUCCUGCUUGUUCAGAAGUUCAGUGUUCGCCAGGGAUACCUUCAAGAAUGUAUCUUGGCAAACCGAGAGGGUUGUGAUCCUUAAACCUUUCUCCAAAAUACGUGGUCUCUGCAGAUAUUAACAGAAGGAAAUAAUCCGUAGCUCGAAACCAUUUUGCAGAAAGUGUUGGUUAAACUUUCACUCACUUAGCUCUUGCGUUGUCACUUCAGGAAUUCUGCAACAGUCGUUGUGCUUGGCUAUAAAAUAUAUGCAUUUCUAAUGCAGACGUUAACGGGUAACUCCUUCAAGCACACUUUUCCAACAGUCCUCCCCCCUACGCUUUUCUAGAAUCGUUGAAGGGGGAAAGGUGCACAUAAGUUAGUCUUUCUUUGCAGGUCACCUUUUAAAUUUUUUAAUCUGGUUGUAGCCAAAACAUUCAAGUCCAUGUAUGCUACUAAUUAAUAGCUUAGUGGUUUUUUUUAUAUAUAUAUUGAAUGGCUGCAGAAACUUGUUCCAUUGCGAGUUGGUGGCAAGUGCAGGAGACAUGCAGACAAGCUCUUUUCUAGCAGCCUGGUUGUGACCAACAGGUCGUAAUAAUUCUGCCCCAAGGGAUUCAUGUUUUCUAUUUGAGCCACUGCAAAACAAUUUCAAACCUACAGCAUUCCUCUUUCAGUCAUGAUUUGGAUUUAAAGCAGUAGUCUUGAUAUAAAACUAAUUUACAUUGUUUCACGUAGGUACUGAACCAAAUAUCACACACAGCUUUAUUCAAGAGACUUAUUUUUAUAUCUGUCUUGGCUGACAAUAGCUGUCAUUAAACUGGGGAAGACACCAAGGGUGGGGAAGAGGGAGAUUUCCUGGACCUAAAUAAGAGUCAGUCACCCAUAGAUCGGUUACUUGUGAAUAUUUAAUAAGGUAUUUCACACACUAGCAGACUUUAAAUGCGACUUCCAGCUCUUAAAUCAAGUUUAGAUACUGCAGGGUUGAAGUUCUGCGAAGCCCAAUUUCUUGUGUGUGUGUUUUUUUUCCCCCAAAUAGAGCCUUAAAUCAUCGUUUCUCAUGUAGCUGUGAAGCAUAGCCAGCCAUUAGAGGCAUCUGAAUGAAAUGAGUCAGGCAGAUGGCAAUAUGCUUGGAAAUAAACUGACUAAAUGAGUUUUGCAUUUUUUUUAAUGAAUAUCUGUAAAGACACUAGAGAAGUAGUGGUAAAACUACAUUUGCAACCACAAUCUAAGUUCCUGUGUUUGUGUAUGAAUACUGAAUGAAUAGAAACCUUAGGUAAGUGCACAUCCUAUCUUGUCAUGGAGGCUCUGUGUUCAAGGCAGUUGCUUUGUGUUCAGCUUUGAGAUAGAGAAGUGUUUUCCCAUCCUUUUGCUAUAUUUUUUUAAGUCUCAGCGAAUGAUUGAAAACUUAUUUAUAAGCGUGUACUUUUAAAGGACUUCGUUAUCAGGGUUUUCCUUAACUAUCUCUUACUGAUGCAUAUAAAAUUAGUUUUAAAUGGAAACACUUACUAUUUUGAUGAAUUAAAGUUAUUUCAGAACUGGUCUUGUUUCAGUAAACAAGUCCAAUUUUAACGUUGAAUGAGCUAAUGUGACAAAACAAAAUGAACUUAGAAGGGGUUAGCAGACUUUCCCGAAGAUAUGCAAACUUCCAGCUUCCUAAAGCCAACUUGCAGUGUAGUGCGUCGGCUGCUACAUCUCAGAAACUGAGCCUCACACAAAACUUACUUCCUAAGCAAUUUUGUCUUUUCCUCAGCGUUACCAUCUAAGUAUAGUUUCAUAUUUGUCAGCUUGGCAUGCAAUUAAACAGCAUAGCAUUUUUUAAAAAUAAAUAAUACAGAGCCUCCAGAUAACUUUUGAAACUUUUUUGCUUGGUGGGUGGUCUUUUCAUGCAAAUAUGUAAGGGUGGGUUUUAUAUUUUGUAGAGGUUUUGUCCUAUUUUAAUGCUCUUUGUAUGGCAGUAUGUAUAUAGUGUGUUUUGGUUCCUUAUCAAACUCUUUCCUUAAACUUUGGAGUAACAGAUUUUGUGCAACUGUGUUUUGAAUAAAGCCAUGACAGUGUUAAAUUAAAGAAAACAACCCUGCAGCACUCUUCUGAUAACUUUUAGUUGUAACAAAACAUGUUUCCUCCCCACGUGUGCUGUAAAUUUUAAAUUAAAAAGUUUUCAAACUGAAUUAUUUCAAAUAAAUUGAGACUAUUGUAUUG